AACACAUAGUUCAUAAAUCCCUUCACUUAAACAUUCAUAUCUGCUUUUUUAAGGGAGACAAGUGUUUUGGAUGGCUAUUGAUGUUAUCGGUAGUAAAGCAAACUUCAGGUAAGAUUCGGCAAACCUGCAGUCUGUCUGCUCUGAACAUUGGCUCUUAAAUCCCACGCCUUCGGGGUUUCCCCCAAAAAAUAACGGGGCAAAUUAUAAUACAAAGCAAGGCUAAUAGACGGAUAAUUUGCACUAAGUUAUUUUGCCAACAACCCAGGCAGGCGAACAAGUUUUAGGGUGACGUUUUGCCCAGAAUUUUAAGGGUGACUGCUACUGUAUUUAGCUCCGAAUUUCCUCUAUCCGCAUCUAAUUCCUUGGCCCGCGUGUUUUAACUGCACUUUUCGUAUUUCAUCGUGCAUUUUAUGAUUUGCAUCUAGAAGGAAGCUUUCCACACUCCUACGCCUUGGAGUCUCAGAGACCGACAUUUUGGCGCCUGCUUUUUUCAAACAGAACGAAGCUCGCCAUUUCCAUGGGACCAUAUGACGCAUGGCGGCGGGGGGGAGAUGACGACUCCAAUGAGGCAGAUGAAGGCCUGGUGUCUGCUCGGAACACGGCGCCACGUGACGUGGACCUCGGGCUGCCUGGACUCUGGGAGAGCUGCUCUGCUUAGUAGGCGCGCGAGGCGGGCUGCUGGAGGAGUCAUGGUUGUCGCUGCUUCUGUCUUGGACGAUCCGGAGGGCCAUGGCUUCGACGAUGCUGGCCUGGCGCCCCUUGCUGCGUGUAUCCUCUAAUGUCUGAGCCUUAACUAGCAGCUCCACUUGAAAAGGAGAACCCAGGUAUGUCCGCACAUCUCGCACGCUGCCGGUCGCGUUCCUUUUCCCUUUGAAUGUUGUGACUCUUCGCAGUUGAGGUUCACAAGACGUGCUGCCUUGUUUCUAUGCUGUCGGAAUCCGAGGAGGACAUGCACGUGUUGGGUUGAUCAAGCGGGCCAGCCUUGGACUCCUCCGUCCCUCCCUUCUAUCUAAAAUAGAUGGCUUGUAAACAUGUUAAACAACGAUUUCCAUAACGCGGUCGAGUUUUCAGAAGUGCCUUGAACAAAGUUACCAGCAAUAUGGUGCUAUCGUUUCUGAAGUGUGUGCAAGAACUUUUGCUCAUCUUUGCCUUGUCUGUAGCCUCUUCCUGGUCUAAUGAUUUUCUCUACCAUGACUAUUGUAUUAUUGGGGCUGGCCCUUCAGGUUUGCAGAUAGCCUAUUUCCUUCAGCAUGCAGGUCGGAACUACGUUGUCUUUGAACGUAGGAAUACACCAGGGCACUUUUUCACCUUGUAUCCCCGUCAUCGAAAAUUGAUCAGCAUCAAUAAACGUUAUACUGGCAAAUCAAACAGUGAAUUCAACCUUCGCCAUGACUGGAACUCAUUGCUUAGCCACAAUAACCAAUUGCUUUUUCGACACUACUCUCAGGACUUCUUCCCUGAUGCUGAUACUAUGGUGCAUUAUCUGGCUGAUUUUGCUUCCAAACUAGACCUCCAUGUGCACUAUAACACAUCCAUUGUACUAGUGAUGCUGGAAAAAGAUCCCAAGGCUUGGAAUGGUCAUUACUUCAUCCUCAAAGAUCAAAAUGCUCAGAAUUACAAAUGCAGUGUCCUUUUGGUGGCAACAGGAAUGUGGGUUCCUCACGAGGUGAACUUUGCAGGUUCAGAAUAUGUUGAAGGUUAUGAAUCUGUGUCAAUUGACCCAAAAGAUUUUGUUGGACAGUCUGUAUUGAUCUUGGGUCGGGGAAAUUCUGCCUUUGAAACAGCAGAGAACAUUUUGGGUGUCACCAAUUUUGUACACAUGGUAGGCCGUUCUCGAGUUCGUCUUUCUUGGGCUACUCACUAUGUUGGAGAUCUGAGAGCAGUAAACAAUGGGAUCUUAGAUACGUAUCAGUUGAAGUCUUUGGAUGGACUUAUAGAGGGUGAUCUAGCAGACUUAGUUCUCAUCAAAGACAGAAAAGGAAAGCUGCGUAUCACCCUCCGGUUCUACUUGGAGAACAGCAACAGCAGUGACCCAGAAUCUGUCACUCUUCCACAGGACGAAUUAGACAACUUUGCCACUCGUGCACCUUAUGACCGUGCCAUUCGCUGCCUGGGUUGGAAGUUUGACUUUUCCAUAUUCAACAAGUCUGUUGGUUUGAUGCAUGGCAAAGGCAGUAAGAAGAAGUAUCCUUUGAUCAAGCCCAGCUAUGAAGCCAAAGCUACUCGAGGUCUUUUUCUUCUCGGAACUGCAAGCCAUUCAGUGGAUUUUAGGAAAUCUGCUGGUGGUUUCAUUCAUGGUUUCCGAUACACAGCCCGUGCAGUUCAUCGCCUACUAGAAGUCCGUCACCACAAAGUGCCCUGGCCAGCCUCCAGCUAUCCUGUUGUGCAGUUAACAAAUGCUAUUGUCAGGCGGGUGAAUGAGGCAUCUGGGCUCUAUCAGAUGUUCAGCGUGUUGGCAGACAUCAUUUUGCUGAAAGAGAAUGCCACAAAAUUUGAAUACCUGGAGGAGUAUCCAAUUGGAGUCCUACAAGACCUGGAGUGGCGCACGGGAAGGAAAAUACAGGAUGGACUUUUUGUCAUUAUGAUGGAGUAUGGAAAAAACUUCUCUGGUCCUGAUAAGGAUGUCUUCUACUAUAACCGUGCAGUAGGAGAGCCAGAGCAUGCUUGGCAGUCUAACUUCCUGCAUCCUGUAAUUUAUUAUUAUAAGCAACUUCCCACUGAACGUGAAAUGAGACUGUGCCCACCAGAUUGGCCCUUGCCUCGCCCAGACGCAAUCCAUCACAUUGUGGAAGAUUUCCUGACUGACUGGACUGCUCCAAACGCACAUGUCCUCCCACUGAGACGUUUCUUGGAGAAUUGCCUUGAAACUGAUUUACGCAGAUUCUAUGCAGACUCCUGCUUUCUGUUUGCCUUCACUCACUUGAGGCUGCCUCCCUCCUGCCAGCAAGGGUACAUGAGAAAGCAAGGGCUUGUGGGAAGUGAAAAGCUUCAGCAUCAGAGAGUAGCAGCAGAGCUGGUUGAACAUGCAGCUAUGAAGUCUCAAGAUGAACGAGAGAAUGGCGCUAUGCAAUCCCACAACCAGCUGCUAAAAAGUUCAAAGAUAUCCAGUCAUCAGCUGCAGCAUCUUAGAAGCACCAAGGAUGAACUUUAGCUUGCACCCAACUAUUUCAAAAUUCACAAGUGCUAUAGACACAAUACCAUGGCAAAGAUCUGCAGAGGAGUUCCAGCAUCUGGUAUAUCUGCUCAGGUUCCUAACCAUUCCUAGAUGAGGACCACAACUCAUCCGUACCAUAUUCUUGCACAAACCUGUAGAUCUUUAUGAACAUGAACGUAUACAUUCCUUGGUGGGAUUGAACAGAUGAUACUUUAAUGGAUUGUGUUAGCCUCUAGAGGUGGGAAAUAUUGUAAAGAACAGAGAGCAGUGACAUCUCCAGGCCAGUAAGAGUGAAUAGUUGAGCCUGGAUCCUUUUAUACCAGGUUUUCAAGAUGCACUGUUACUAUAGUCAUUAGUGUGUUCUGUAGAACUGGCAUGCUUGAAUGCCAGCCUGUUUAUUUCAAGACAAAAUGUUCUUGCAUGUUAACCAGAGUAUUUCUUCUGUUUGCACUAUGCCCCAUUAAUUUAGUUUAAUUCUCUGUUUCCUAUUUUAUAUAUUUUUCAUAUUUUUUAAGGUUAGGUUAGGAAUACUGUUUGCACUUUUUUGCACCUUUACCUCUAGUGCAUUGAUUACUCUGACUUUUAUUGAAUUGUAUGUAGCAAUCUAGAAAUAAUCAAAGCUUAUUUCUUAUUUAUUUCUUCAGAUAAAAUGAAUGACAUUCA